AUGUCUUCAAUUGAUUUCAAGUCCUCUAAAUCCGUCACCAAAGACGAUCACCUUUACACCAAAUUCACUUAUGAAAACUCAUUAGUUGAAAAGGAUGCUCAAGGUAAAUUCCACGUUACUCCAACAUCGGUUGACUAUGAUUUCAAAUUGGAUUUAAAAGUUCCUAAAGUUGGUUUAUUAUUGGUUGGUUUAGGUGGUAAUAAUGGUACUACUUUAAUGGCAUCAAUUUUGGCCAAUAAGCACAAUAUUUCAUUUGAAAACAAGGAAGGUGUUGUUAAGCCAAAUUACUAUGGUUCAGUUACUCAAAGUUCAACCAUCAAGAUUGGUGUUGAUGCUGAAGGAAAUGAUGUUUAUGCUCCAUUCAACUCCAUUGUCCCCUUUGUUAACCCUAAUGAUUUAGUUGUUGAUGGUUGGGAUAUUUCUGGUUUGGAAUUGGACCAAGCUAUGAAGAGAGCUAAGGUGUUGGAUGUUACUUUACAAAAGCAAUUGGCUCCUCAUUUACAAGGUAAAAAACCAAUGGAAUCUAUUUACUAUCCUGAUUUUAUUGCUGCUAAUCAAGGUGAUAGAGCUGACAAUGUGUUCAAUAAAGUUAAUGGAGAAAUCAAGACUGAUGAUAAAUGGAAAGAUGUUGAAAAAAUUAGAAAAGACAUUAGAGAUUUCAAACAAAAGAAUGGAUUGGAUAAAGUUAUUGUUUUGUGGACCGCCAAUACCGAAAGAUAUGCUGAUGUGUUACCAAAAGUUAAUGAUACUGCCGAUAACUUGAUUGCUUCAAUAAAAUCCAACCACGAAGAAAUUGCACCAUCAACCAUCUUUGCCGUUGCUUCAAUCUUGGAAAACGUUCCAUACAUUAAUGGAUCCCCACAAAAUACAUUUGUUCCUGGUGUUAUUGAAUUGGCCGAAAAGCAUCAUUCAUUUAUUGGUGGUGAUGACUUCAAAUCAGGACAAACCAAGAUCAAAUCUGUUCUUGCACAAUUCUUGGUUGAUGCUGGUAUCAAACCAAUUUCCAUUGCUUCAUAUAAUCAUUUGGGAAAUAAUGAUGGAUACAAUUUAUCAGCACCAAAGCAAUUUAGGUCCAAGGAAAUUUCCAAACAAUCAGUUGUUGAUGAUAUGAUUGAAAGUAAUGAAAUCUUGUACAAUAAAGAAACAGGUGAUAAAGUUGAUCAUUGUAUCGUUAUUAAAUACCUUCCAGCUGUUGGCGAUUCUAAAGUUGCCAUGGAUGAAUACUAUUCCGAAUUGAUGCUUGGUGGACACAACAAAAUCUCCAUUCAUAACGUAUGUGAAGAUUCCCUUUUAGCUACUCCAUUAAUCAUUGAUUUGGUUGUUGUCACUGAGUUCUUACAAAGAGUUCAAUACAAGAAACUGCAAGAUUCCGAAGAUAAAUACCAUGACUUCUACGCUGUAUUGACUUUGUUGAGUUAUUGGUUGAAAGCUCCGUUGUCUAGACCUGGAUUCAAGACCAUCAAUGGGUUGAAUAAACAAAGACAAGCAUUGGAGAAUUUGUUGAGGUUGUUGGUUGGUUUGCCAAUUAAUAAUGAAUUGAGAUUUGAAGAGAGAUUAACUUGA